AAAUAUUUUAACUUAAAUAUGGUUAAAUAUUAUACGAAUAAUGACAAGAAAUAAUGUUGGUUAAAAACGGUUCGGCAAGCUUCCAAACAAAUGGUUGUUCUAGGCGUAUUGUUCCUCCUCGUUUUAGUUUUGUAUGCGUAUAAAAAUCACAACCGUGAGUUGGAGGCAACGACUUCAGCCAUCCGUGAGAUCUGGUCGGGCAGUUGCCGACUAUCGUGUAGGCAGGAUCAACAAAGUGGCUUGAGUGACAAUAGUGGCCUUGACAAAAGCCUACGUCAAGGAACCGAGUCUAAUUUCUGCUGGAGCAAUCAGAAUCAAUCGAAUACCGGGCGUAGUGACUGCAUCUGUGGCACUUGCCCAUGUACCUUAAUUGAAGAUGUUUACAGAACAUGCAGACCCGCUACCAGUUUGUAUUCACAGUCCAUCGAGGUUAUUUCAAGGGGCUACUGUAAUGUAUUGAGAGCGUUAUCUGAUGCCUGUACUACUACUGGACGAGGGACGGAUGGAGGAGUGUCAUCCCACAGAGAAGCUGAGAUACUGUCUAUAAAACAAUUUGGAUCGGCAGAUAACAUUAAUUUCAUAAAUAAAACUGCCGUCAAAGCUGAAGGGGAAAUAAAAGAAUCAGACUUAAUUCAAUCUAAAGAACCAGAAUUCAGUCGUAGGAAAGAAAAAGGACUUGGUCAUGGAAAGGUAGCAGUGGCAAGCCAAGAAAGGCAACUGGAGAUUGCUCAAAGACCAGAAGCAACGGGUCAAAAACAUAACGUAGUACUCGAAGAACGAAAAGAAACGAAGCCAUUGGUAUCUGCAGAUGAUAUUAAAGCUAACAAGCCUACUGGCUCGAAGAUUGAAGGUCUCAAAAUAGAAAUAGAGCCUAGUCAAAAAAAGGAACUAGAGUUGAAUCAAAGCCAAGCAGGUAAAUCUAGCCAAAAAAAAGAAAUUGCUUUUCUAAAUGAUUCCGAUGCAACUGUUAUCAAUCAGCUGCCUAAAACUGUUGCUGUGUCUCACGAAAUAAAUAUAAGGCAAUCUGAGGCAACAAAAUAUGACACAGACUCGGAAUCAUCGGUAGAAGCGGCGAGCGAACGAAAAAGUUGCUCUAAAUGCAUUGAAAAGGGUAAAAUAUGUAUCGGCAGUUGUCCAAAAGCGAAUAGUAAAGACAAUAAAAAUAAAUUAUAGUAAC